UUCCAAGAAAAGAAACUCCACCAGAAAAAUUACAACAAUUAUCUCCAACCACCAAAACCUCACCCAAACCCCAAUCCACACCAAAACAAAUUACGCGCCAAACACUCACACUCCACUCUGCGUUAUCUCUUCUUCUAGAGAGAGAAAGUUAGAGAGAGAAAGAAACGGUAACAAUGGCGAUGGCGUUAGCUCUUCGUCGAUUCUCAUCCUCUGCAGAAAAACCCUUGCAGCGUCUCUUCAAUAACGGUCAUCUCUACUCAAUGUCUUCGUUACCGAGUGAAGCUGUGUAUGAUAAAGAACGGCCUGGAGUUACGUGGCCGAAGCAGUUGAAUGCGCCGCUUGAGGUUGUGGAUCCGGAAAUUGCGGAUAUUAUUGAGCUCGAAAAGGCUCGACAAUGGAAGGGUCUUGAACUCAUUCCAUCAGAGAACUUUACCUCCCUAUCAGUUAUGCAAGCAGUUGGAUCAGUUAUGACCAACAAAUACAGUGAAGGGUACCCUGGUGCUAGAUACUACGGUGGAAACGAGUAUAUUGACAUGGCCGAAACCUUAUGUCAGAAGCGCGCAUUGGAAGCCUUCCGGUUAGAUCCUGCAAAAUGGGGAGUGAAUGUGCAGCCGCUUUCAGGGUCGCCGUCUAAUUUCCAGGUCUACACGGCUUUAUUAAAGGCCCACGACAGAAUCAUGGCACUCGAUCUUCCUCAUGGUGGCCAUCUGUCACACGGUUAUCAGACUGAUACAAAGAAAAUAUCUGCGGUAUCCAUAUUUUUUGAGACCAUGCCUUACAGAUUGGACGAGAGCACUGGCUUAAUCGAUUAUGACCAGUUGGAGAAAAGUGCGACGCUCUUCAGGCCGAAACUGAUUGUUGCUGGUGCGAGUGCUUAUGCUCGGUUAUAUGAUUAUGAUCGAAUCCGCAAGGUUUGUGACAAGCAAAAAGCUAUUAUGUUGGCAGAUAUGGCACACAUUAGUGGUUUGGUUGCAGCGGGGGUCAUCCCGUCCCCUUUCGACUAUGCAGAUGUCGUGACCACCACAACCCACAAGUCACUCCGUGGUCCACGUGGUGCCAUGAUUUUCUAUAGGAAAGGACUGAAAGAAGUCAACAAAAAAGGCGUUGAGGUGUUCUAUGAUUAUGAAGACAAAAUCAACCAGGCCGUCUUUCCUGGACUUCAAGGUGGCCCCCACAAUCACACAAUCACUGGAUUGGCAGUUGCACUGAAACAGGCAACAACACCAGAAUACAAGGCGUACCAAGAACAAGUCAUGAGUAACAGUGCCAAGUUUGCAGAGACUCUAGUUAAGCACGGAUAUGAUCUUGUUUCCGGCGGAACAGAGAACCACUUAGUUCUUGUUAACUUGAAAAACAAGGGUAUUGAUGGUUCAAGGGUUGAAAAGGUGUUGGAAGCUGUUCACAUUGCAGCCAAUAAAAACACUGUUCCUGGUGAUGUUUCUGCUAUGGUUCCUGGUGGCAUCAGAAUGGGAACCCCUGCUCUUACUUCUAGGGGAUUUGUUGAAGAGGAUUUUGCUAAAGUUGCCUUCUUUUUUGACCUUGCUGUAAAGCUGGCUGUAAAGAUCAAGGGUGAAGCCCAAGGAACAAAACUGAAGGACUUUGUGGCUGCAAUGCAGUCUAGUGGCAUCCAAUCAGAACUUUCAAAGCUACGCCAUGACGUCGAGGAGUACGCGAAACAAUUCCCAACAAUCGGGUUUGAGAAAGAAACCAUGAAAUACAAAAACUAAGGAAUCAUACAAGCCAGGUGCCAUGAAGAUGGAAGUGGUGCUUCUUCCAUAUCAGACCAGUAUAUCUAUCUUGAAUGUGGAUUAUAAGGCUUUUCUGUAUGAUGAUGAAUCUUCUGUAUAUGUGAAUCAAUGGAGCAUUUCUUUUAAACUUUUUUAUUUAAUCUCACUUAAUUACUAAGUAGUUA